CUUCACCUUCUGUACUCUAUUAUAUACAGGACCCUGCUACUGAAACUUUCCCUCUUAUUCCCUCUCUCCCUCUCUCAUAUCUCAAAUCUAUCUGUGAAUCUUUAUAUACACAUAAAUGGAUGGAUGGAGAGGGUUAUCGGGUAGUGGAGAGAUUUAGAGAAAACAAAGAACAUCUUCUUGUCUGUAUUUUUCCAUAUGUUUUGAUAGCAUGCGGAGAGCAGUUUUUUCAGCUGCUUAUAUAUCUAAGAGAUAGAUACGAAAGAGAUACAUACAUACAUAUAUGUGUAUAUAUCUGAAUUGCGUUGCAGAGUUGUUCAGACAAGCAAUCCAUGGCUAGAUAGCGACUUGGAGGGAUAACCCAUCAUAAUCUUUUCACGAGAUAUAUUUUGCUUUUGCUGCUCUUUGUUAUUUACAGUGUGUGUGUUUAGUUUGCAUCAAUAGCUGGGGAUUCAUCAGACAAGAGUUUUCUUGUUCCCAGUCAUGGUUCAUACAGCUAUGUCCAAUUCUACUUCUUUGUCUGAAGAGGCUAGUACUGUUUCUUCUAGUUUUGGUGGCUUAAUCCCUAUUGUUUCAACCAUUUCUCCACAGAAGCAGCCACAAAACAUCAAGAAAAAAAGAAGCCUUCCAGGGAAUCCAGACCCAGAUGCUGAAGUGAUUGCUCUAUCUCCAAAAACACUAUUGGCCACCAAUAGAUUUGUGUGUGAGAUCUGUAACAAAGGUUUUCAGAGAGACCAGAACCUUCAGCUUCAUAGGAGAGGCCAUAAUCUUCCAUGGAAGCUGAAGCAAAGAAACAACAAAGAGAUGAAAAAGAGAGCCUAUGUUUGCCCCGAGCCUACAUGCGUCCACCACCAUCCUUCCAGGGCUUUAGGUGAUCUUACGGGGAUCAAGAAACACUAUUGCAGAAAACAUGGAGAGAAGAAAUGGAAGUGCGAGAAAUGCUCAAAGAUUUAUGCUGUUCAAUCUGAUUGGAAAGCUCAUACUAAGACCUGUGGAACUAGAGAAUACAGAUGUGACUGUGGAACUCUUUUCUCUAGGAAAGAUAGCUUUAUAACUCAUAGAGCAUUUUGUGAUGCAUUAGCUGAAGAAAGUGCAAGGCUCUCCGCCAACCAACUUGCCUCCGCCGCCGUGAAUCCAACUCUCCACCAUUUGACAUCCCAUGCAAACCCCAACGCCGGUCACUCUUCUCUUUUCCCUUUCGAAACCCAUAUCUCUCUCAAUCCAUGGGUUGACCCUACUCAAACGGCUAACCCUAACCCUAAUCCUAAUACCUCACUUCAUGUCAAGCCCGAGUCUCGCCAUUUCGUGCCAUUCUUCCAGGAACAACCGCUGCCGCCAACUCCAAAGACCUUGAUCGCCUCACCCUUCCAAAGCCUCCAUGUCAGUAACAACGGUCCAUCCAUCGUUGCUGCUGCUACCACGUCGACGACUCCUCACUUGUCGGCCACAGCGCUCCUUCAAAAGGCUGCCACCGUUGGUUCAACCGCCACGCAUAUAACCACCACCAACGGCAGCAGCAGCAGCAGCAUGGGGUGUCAUGUUUCCCAGGAUUACUUUGGGUUCACGUGCGGGAACCUGGACACGUGGCAGAAGAGUAGCGACCGAUUCACCAGGGAUUUUCUAGGUUUGACCGGAGACCAUCACCAUCAUGGUGGAGGUGGCAAUGGGGAUGUUAACGUUAGCAUGAACGUGAAGGGCGUGCUAAGCUACGCCGGUCAAGUGGAGUUGCAGCACCAUGAGAGAGACCACUCGUUGUUGAAGCCCCAAGGUUUCGGAUUCGAUGAGCCUCCCCCGGAAACAUGGGCUGAUUGUUGAAGCCGAUAACAAAAUGAUAAAACCAGUGGCGGUAAUAUAGUAAUAAUUUAGAAAUAUUUGGAAGAAAAACGAAAGAAAGAAAGAAGGGCCAUGAUAUAAUCCA